ACUGCAGCACCUACUACGACCACUGCAGCGCCUACUACGACAUCUGUAUCUCCCACAACAACUACUCCUGCAGUUCCUUCGACAACUGCAGCUACUACGACAACUGCAGCACCUACUACGACCACUGCAGCGCCUACUACGACAACUGUAACUCCCACAACAUCUACUCCUGCAGCUACUACGACAACUGGAGCACCUACUACGACAACUGCAGCACCUACUACGACAACUUCAGCUACUACGACAACUGGAGCACCUACUACGACAACUGCAGCACCUACUACGACCACUGCAGCGCCUACUACGACAACUGUAGCUCCCACAACAACUACUUCUUCAGUUCCUACGACAACUGCAGCUACUACGACAACUGGAGCACCUACUACGACAACUGCAGCACCUACUACGACUACUGCAGCGCCUACUUCGACAACUACUACGACAACUGCAGCACCUACUACGACAACUGCAGCUACUACGACAACUGGAGCACCUACUACGACAACUGCAGCACCUACUACGACCACUGCAGCGCCUACUACGACAACUGUAGCUCCCACAACAACUACUCCUGCAGUUCCUUCGACAACUGCAGCUACUACGACAACUGCAGCACCUACUACG